AUGGCAGCGGAGUACGCGCAGAACUCGUCCGGCAUGUCGAUUGACCUGGAGUCCAAGUACGUCGACGACAGUCGGUACAAGAACUUUGAAUCCAACAUCAGCAAAUGUCUCAAAGCGAGUGAACAGGCGCGUGAAUGGGCUGACCUCAUAUCAUUCUUAGCACGGCUGAAUAAGGGUUUACAAGCUGCACCAGAACAGUUUACGUUUGUGCCACACAAGCAUAUGGUAUCGAGGAGAUUAGCGCAAUGUCUCAAUGCGUCACUGCCAGCGGGAGUGCAUCUCAAGACCAUCGAGGUGUACCAAAUCAUCUUCCAUCGAAUCGGACCUAUGCAGCUGCGCAAAGACCUGUACCUGUACACCAUGGGGCUGUUUCCGUUGUUCUACUACGCAUCCAUCAAUGUCAAAGUGGGGUUGUUUGAUCUGUAUGAGGCCCAUUUCCUUCCUCUGGGCGAAGGCCUGGUGCCGUGUUUGAAGGGUCUGAUCCUGGCGGUGCUGCCAGGGUUAGAGGAAGGCUCGUGCUGGUCUGUGGGCUCGCGUGCAAUUGAUCCCCUGCUGCUGGGGCAGUGUUGCUGGUGCCGUGCUUGA